AUGCCGAAGCACAAGCAUCACCGCGAUCGGCUGUAUCUGCUGCAAAGCGAGUAUAGUGCAGAGUGGGGUGGCUUUAAGAAGAAGAAUCUUCAUCUUCCAUUCAAGUCGCUCCCCUUUGAUUGUUGCGGACUUUCUCUUCGCCCUUUUGAAGACGCAGUAUGCACGGAUUCAGGGAUAGUCUUUGACGCUUCCGUGAUUCUGCCUUACAUUAAGAAGUAUCGGCGGUGCCCUGUGACGGGGGCACCUCUCUCUGCCUCGGAUCUCUACCCGCUUGUCUUCCACAAAAACGCACGAGGCGCAUUUCACUGCCCUGUUACCUUUAAGGAGUUUGGACCGAACACCCAUAUCGUCGCUAACAAGAAGAGCGGCCACGUAUAUGCCGCAGACGCGAUUGAAAACUUGUGCAGGCAACCUAAGCUAUGGAACGACCUUAUCACCGGGGAGCCUUUCACCAGCGCGGAUUUGGUUCACAUCCAAAACCCAACAGACGCAAAGCAACGCUGCAUUGAGCACUUCCACCAUAUUCGAGAAGGGCAAGAUGUUUCGCGUUUGGCAGCGGCGGGGGGUGUCGCAGCCGAGGCUGGGAGCUUAAAGCCAACGGUCAAAACGUGUGAGACAAUGGAAAAGGUGCUUGCGGAGGCGCAUGCUCGCAAGGCGGAGGUAGAGGCUGCGCACAACCAGCUGGUUCCGAAUUUGCAUGCGGUGAAGGACGCGGGUGGUUUGAAAGGAUCAACACCGUCGGCUACGGAUGCGCAAGCAGCGGAGGGUUCUGCUACCCCCUCGUCUCAGCAAGCGCAGCCAAGCAAAGAAGCCUCGAAUGAGGAGGAAGCCUCGCGGAGCGAUGAUGCAACUAGCGAAACUGGGAAGCACCAUCUGUAUACGGACCAUCGCAUGGCUGCGGGGUUCACGUCUACGGUUGUGGUAGGGAGGACAACGCAGGCGUAUAGGCAGCUCUCUGAGCGGGAACAAAUGCUGCCGAUAUACGCGCUCUGCAAGCAGCAAAAGAUGAAGAGCUACAUUCGGAUGGAAACCUCUGCAGGAGCUCUCAACUUAGAGCUGUACACGCACCUCACGCCUCGCACAACUGACAGCUUCCUGCGACACUGCAUCAGUGGUUACUAUGAGGGCACUAUCUUUCACCGCCUCAUUCCCAACUUCAUGAUCCAGGGAGGCCGUGCAGAGCUGCGGCAGCAGCAGCGACAGCAGCAGCAGCAGCAGCAGCAGCCCUUCGUGAGCCGCAGCGGGUUCUCCAACGGACAGCCCUUCGAGGACGAAAUCUUAGGACAAUUAAGUCACCAGGGUAUUGGCGUUCUGGCUAUGGCAAAUGACGGGCGCCGUAACAAGAAUGUUUCCGAAUUCUAUAUCACCUUCAAGUCUUGCACCCACCUGGAUGGCAAACACACAAUCUUUGGCAGGGUUGUUGGAGGUUUGGACGUGCUGCGGGCGUGGGAAGGGCUGCCGGUAGACUCUCGAGAUCGACCCCAACGGCCUCUGGUGAUUGAAAAAAUGCACAUCUUCAAGAAUGCCUUCGACGAUGCGAAGAAGCAGAUACAGCAGAAGAAGGAAAAAGAGGCUAAUAAAGAAGCAGAGGCCGAAAAGGAGGCGGCGCGCCCAUGGUUCAAUAACAAGCAUGCCCUUGAUGAGACUGCGUCUCACCCAGAACGGCACUCUGAAAAAGUGGGUAAGUACAUGAGGCCUCCGCAUGCAGGAGCUUCAGUUGCAGCUGCUGCUGGGGGAAAGCAUGCCCUCGCUGCGGAGCUUAUGGGCAGCGAGACAGCGCAAUACGUUACGGUGCCUAAGAAGCCAAAGGUGGCACGUAAAGGUCUCGAUCUUUCAUCUUGGUGGGGCGAGGAGUGCCAAGGGGAGAAAAGGCUAAAGCACACUUUGCCAGUAGCAAGUAAUAUUGGGCUUUGCCGUUGUGCAUUUUUAAGCGCAUUCGCCGAUUGCGUUUGUGUAGUCUUCAAGGCUCUGCCCGGCAUGUCUAGUGAGAGGACCGUAGCUGUACAUCCCCUUGGGAAUAGCGCUACUCCGGGGCUGAAAAGAGGCCUCAAGCUGAUUGGUUACGGAAGGGGGCACAACUACACCAAUGAUAGAUAG